AUGGCCCAAUCUAGAAUCUUCAGGCCAUCAGGACCUGCUGAGAUUGUGCGAUCUAACCAGAAGGAUGGGUUUUAUAUCAGUUACAUGCGUGGUAGUCUGGCCAAUAUUUUCCAAACUUUUGCUGGUGCUCGUGCCUGGAUGCAGUGGCGCAAAGAAAUAGAUGUAUCAGCUGACUUGGCCUAUUUCUUACUGACAACAGUAGCUGGGUACCAAACUCUUGGGGAGGAGUACUGUAAUAUCGUUCAAGUGGACCACACCGGAAGAGCGAUCCCUUCACGUUCCCGAAGACUUGCUCACGUACUGCUGCAAAUUGGAGUGCCUUAUGUCAUUGACCAAGCACUGAAAUUUGUGCACAACCACAUCAAUACAGUGCGUACCAUGCUGGGACUCUCAGACAAAGUCACCAACAUGAUAUUACAGUGCAUACCUGUCUUGCGUACCAGCGUGACAUAUGUUCAUCGCUUUCAUUUAGCGUUAUUUUAUUUGCAAGGACUAUUUUAUCAUGUGGCAAAAAGAGUUGUGUCUGUUCGAUACCUGUUAGUACGUGCAGGUAUAUCCCCCGAUGUCUACAGGUCCAGUUACAGCCUUCUUGGCAUGCUCACCUUAACGCAGUUAACAUUAACUUUACUAUGGCAGCUGUAUACAAACUUCGUAAAACCAGGGGUAUUAUUUCGAAGCAAAGUCAGUGAUUUGAACAUCCCAUCAUCAGAUAACUCGGAAACUGAGGAAGUGUAUUUGGAUCCAACAAAACGAUGUUCUUUGUGUCUAGAGAGCAGAAAGAGUUCCACUGCAACGCCGUGUGGACACAUGUUUUGUUGGACUUGCAUAACUGAGUGGUGCCUGGCAAAACCUGAAUGUCCACUAUGUAGGGAAACUUUCCAACUCUCAAGACUAGUAUGUCUACAACAUUUUGAAUGAC